GUCUUUUUAGUAGUUAACUAGCUACUCUACAUUUGAUUCAACACAAAUUUUUCUCAGAGUUUUGGUUCUGCUUUGUUAGGUUUAAUGUUUGAAAUGGUAAAAUUGGAUGGAAGGCUCUAAGAAGAAGCUGAGCUCUUGGCUCAGUCACAUCUCAAAGCUACAAGUAAACGAACUUUAAAAGAAAUAGUUUAAAGUACAUCUGCAAACCUGCUACUGAGGAGGCUGAGAUCUGAGAACCACUGUUUGAAACCAGCCUAAGACACCAUGUCACAGGAAGCGUGAACACUUGCUAGGUCCACAAUGGAGGACCCAGGAAGGACCUUCGGCUCCGAGGAGGAAGAGGCCACCUACUGGAAAGACCUGGCAAUGACUUACAAGCAGAGGGCAGAGAACACUCAAGAGGAACUCCGGGAAUUCCAGGAGGGAAGCAGAGAAUAUGAAGCUGAAUUGGAGACACAGCUGCAACAGAUCGAGACCAGGAACCGAGAUCUCCUGUCUGAAAACAACCGCCUGCGGAUGGAGCUCGAAGCGGUGAAGGAGAAGCUAGAGGUGCAGCACUCGGAAGGCUACCGGCAGAUCUCAGCCCUGGAGGACGACCUGGCACAGACAAAGGCAAUCAAAGAUCAGCUGCAGAAAUACAUCCGGGAGCUGGAGCAAGCCAACGAUGACCUGGAGAGAGCCAAGCGAGCCACGAUCAUGUCUCUCGAAGACUUUGAACAACGCCUAAAUCAAGCCAUUGAAAGAAACGCCUUCCUGGAGAGUGAGCUUGACGAGAAGGAGAAUCUUCUGGAAUCUGUCCAGAGACUGAAGGAUGAAGCCAGAGAUCUGCGGCAGGAGCUGGCUGUGCAGCAGAAGCAGGAGAAGCCACGGACGCCUGUGGGCGGCAGGGCAGCGGGCGCGGAGAGGAUGGACACGGCCGUGCAGGCCACAGGCUCUGUGCCCACCACCCCCGUGGCCCAGCGAGGACCCACCUCCUGUCUAAACACACCAGCGGCCGCGGCGGCGUUCCGACGGGGUCUGGACAGCUCCCACGGUGGGACUCCACUCACACCUGCAGCCCGCAUCUCAGCCCUCAACAUCGUGGGAGACCUGCUGCGGAAAGUGGGGGCCCUGGAAUCCAAGCUGGCGUCCUGUCGGAACUUCAUGUACGAUCAGUCCCCAAACCGGACGAGUGGCCCAGCCUCAGGGCGGGGGAGCAAGAGCAGAGACAGCGGUGACCGGCGGCCCGGGGGUACCAGCAUGCCUUUGGGGGACAAAGGUUUGUCGUAGGCGGCGGCCUUCUCCUCAUACUGCUGCGUGAGGCCCUCGAUCUCCUUCUGGAACCUCUUCUUGCCCUCCUCCAUUGCCUCCACGGUGCUGGCCAGCUCCUGCAGCUUCUUCUUGGAGUCGGAGAGCUGGAGGGGGCGCGGCGGGGCAGGGUGAGGGCUGAGCCCCCCCGGCUGCCGGCUGCCCGCCCGCCUGGGAGGGGACCGGGCCGCGGGGCGCACCUGCACGGUGAGCGUGGCCACGUGGCGCUCCAGGCCCUGCCGCGCCUCGGCCUCCUCGUCCAGCUGCUCCUGCAGGCCGUUGCGCUCCUCCUCCAGCUGCCGCAGCUUGGUGGACACGUGCAGCUUCUGGCGCGUUUCUUCCUGGAGCAGCUCCUGCGGGGCCGGCAUGGGGGUUCCAGAGAGCCGCCCCAGCCGGAACCGAACCCGGGCCCCACCCCGGGCCCCUGGAGGACGCGGAGCCUCUCACCUGGGUGUCCUGCAGCUGGGAGCUCAGGGACGCCACGUCCUUGGCCAGCUUGAUGGCCUUGCCCUCCGCCUCGUUGAGCAGGCUCGUGACGCUCUCCACUUCGUUCUGAUCGAGAAGGAGACCCCGUGAGCAGAAUCGUGCAGAACAGGGCCCUCGCUAAGCGAGACGAGCCCGGCAGGGUCCAGGACGAGAGAAGGCACCGACCAGCCCUGAGAGACGCCCUUCACGCGCGCGCGCGCGGUUCCCGGCCCCCCAAAACUGUACUGCUGAGAACCCGGGUGAGCCCCAGCUGGGUUGCCAGGGCCCAGCAGCAGGGCUGAGCCCGGAGGUGCUGAGGCGCUGUGCGGAGGAUGAUGUGGGCGCCCCGUGGACACCCAAGGCUGCUGCACCCAUGCCCUUUCACCCGCACACCACAACCAAAGACACAGACGGCACUCCCAAGCCUCUGCCCAACCCCCAACGCCAUUCACAGUGAGGUCACGCGUGGUUGUGGGUAAUAAAACCUCCGCCAUUGA